AUGAUCGAAGUAGAACCGAGUGCGACAGGCACUGAGCUAUGCUCUAGAGAAGAUUCCGCCGCUGCUGUCAGCAGAUUUCGGCUCCUGGUCCGCGGCAUCUCUGGCGACACCGUGCUGGAUAAGGAAGGCUGCGAUCCAGAAGCACUGGUACAGGACAUCAUGCGUGAAAUCGUGGUGAGCUUGGAGAGGCCGACAAUUAUCCAGCUCUGUUUGGGCUCCUCGGUGUUGAGGUCAGCUUCAAGGAUCGGUGAGUACAGAACCGGCAAUAGCUUGGAGCUCUUGUGCAUCAAGCUCCAAGGCCAGGGUUUGAAGGCGGCACCGAUGAAUUCUGGCUUUGACUUUGACACACUCUGGGCAUUGCUGGGGGAUCCAGCCGUUGGCAAAUCUUGCUUGCGGCUGCAGUUCACAGACACGUUGCAAGAACGGCCCUGCCCUAAUAUGGGGUUCCAGGAAACGUCUAGGAUUGUCUGCGUCGGUGGUGCAACUGUCAGAAUGCAGAUCGUGGAAGUAGGUGGAUACAGACAACCCCUUGAGCAACUGGGCGGCUACGAUGGUGCCUUCCUGGUUUACGACGUCACGCAGCGCCACACUUUCGACCAUGUAGGGACGAAGUUCUUUCCAGCCACUGCCACUGAGAGGAUGAAGACACGGUGCCUCAUUGGAAACAAAGCUGACAGGGAUCGUGAAAGACAGGUUUCUUAUGAAGAUGGACAACAGCUGGCCAAUGAGCUGGGACUCCUCUUUAUGGAGACAUCCUUAAGCGCAGUCGCCAUGGUCGACGAGGCUUUCUUCAGUGCUUGCGAGGCAGCUUGCGUUUGCUAG